GGAGUGCGCACGGCUCGGCGCUGCACUGACCAGAGGACCGGACACGGGAGCAAGGUUAUGAUGCAACUGAGCUGAACAUGGACAUUUUCUGGAUUUUGUUAUUUUGCUGCAUUUGCUCACAUGCCUGGGCCCAAGGAGUUUAUGCCCCUGCCAAUGCCCAGAUCGUGCACUCAGGCGCAGCUUGUAAUGUCAAGGAUGAUAACAUCAGUGAGAGGAUCUACACCAUCAAAGAAGGAGACACACUAGUGCUGCAGUGCAUAGUCAAAGGACACCCGCGGCCACAGGUUCGAUGGACAAAGACGGCGGGCAGUGCUUCAGACAAGUUCCAGGAGACGUCCAUUUACAACGAGACGCUGCGGAUCGAAGGCAUCCAGAGGGUGCAAGGCGGCCGCUACUACUGCAAGGCUGACAACGGGGUGGGGGUGGCUGCCAUCAAGUCCAUCCGUGUAGAUGUGCAGUAUCUUGACACACCAGUCCUAACGGUGCACCAGACCAUCAGUGAUGUGCGGGGCAGUUAUUACCAGGAGAAAACUGUGUUUCUGCGUUGUACCGUCAACUCCAACCCUCCUGCGCGCUUCAUCUGGAAACGAGGCAGCAUGCUUAUCGAGCAGAGCAAGGACAACGGAGUGGACAUCUACGAGCCAUUAUACACACAGGGUGAAACUAAAGUCCUGAAGCUCAAGAACCUCCGACCCAAGGACUUUGCUGACUACACCUGCCAAGUGUCGGUGAGGAAUGUGUGCAACAUUGAAGAUCGCUCAGUUACUUUCCGCCUCACUAAUGCUACAACUCCUCCAAUGAUUCGCAUGUCUGUGAAUGACACAGUGGUGGUGGACCCUGGGCAGGAUGUCAUCAUCACCUGUGAGGUGACAGUGGGCUUCCCACCUCCCACAGUCACAUGGUCCCGCUCGCCAGGGCCCCUCCCCCUCAGCGCCCAGGUCAAAGGUCAAACUCUGAUCCUGAGGGCUGUUACCCCAGCAGAUGCAGGCUUCUACAACUGUUCUGCUGUCAACAAUGUGGGAAAUCCAGCCCGCAAGAAUGUCCAACUGGUUGUUAGAUCGAUGAGCAACUUAACCUUCCAGAUCACGCCUGACUCUAACAAAGAUGGGGAGUCCAUUCAGAUGACCCGUGACCUGAAGCUCUCAUGCCACGUGGAUGCCACUCCUCAGGACAAGGUCAACUACACCUGGUACAAGAACGGAGCUCCCAUCUUUAACUCGGAGAAUGUGGUUCUGCUCAAGUCUGACCCCGACAUGGCCCCAGGCACCAGCAGUCUGGAGAUCUUCGACUUGAAGUUCAGAGACCUGGCUGUCUACAGCUGUGUGGCCAACUUCCCCGGCAGCCGAGUGCCUGAACUCCGAGUGGACAUGAACAUCUCACAGAACAGCGUGACUCCUCCUAUCCUGUCUUUGCCCCCUGGUGGACAGAUGGUGAGUGUGCGAGAGGGUGGUAACACUGAGCUGGUGUGUUUGGUGGAUGGAAAGCCUCCUCCUCCAAUCCUGUGGUCUCGUAUGGAGAAGGACCUGCUCAUGCCCAAUGGGAGGCCUCAGGUGGAGACAGCGGACGGCCGCCUGAGGCUGAGAAACGUGAGCAGAGACCUGAUGGGGGUGUACCGCUGUCAGACGGCGCCCUACAACGGACUCAACAUUAAGAAACGAGAGAUGAAUGUGCAGCUUAAUGUUCAGUAUCCCCCAAUCUUAGACCCUGUGUAUCAAGACGUGCGCUCUCGGAAUUACCAAAUGGUCACCCUGAGAUGCAGCGUCCUGCGCGCGAACCCUUCUCGCCUCACUGAUAUCCGCUGGUUCCGGAAUGGAGACUUCAUCCGGAUGCCCAUGCCGGACCUGAAGGAAACCCCAGAACUCAAAUUAAAGCUGGAACCCACCAACAAUGGCUCCUAUGAGUGCAGAGUAAGCAACAGUGCCGGAACAUCCACAUGCACUUUUAAUGUCUCUGCACAGCCUUAUAACGCAGAAUUCUACUUUGACACACCAAAUCCAGUGCGAAUUCUUAAAGGAAACAACUAUUCCUACAAUCUGCAGUGGACACAGAGAGACCCAGAGGCCACAGACCGGAUCAUUGGCUACUGGAUAAACGUUCGCAAGGUAAUAAAAAGUAACUACUUGACCAAAAUGGUCCAAAUGAGGAGAGUCCAGAGAAGGGUGCUACAGUCCUACACGAUCACAGAUCUGAGGAUCCCUCUGUCCUAUGAGGUCCGCCUGGCCCCCAUCACCACCUACAGCACUGGGGAUUACGUCAGCCGCAUCAUUCAGUAUUCAGAACCCUACACGUACCCCAGACCUUCAGAUCACGUUUGUGGUUUUGAGGAUGAACGCAUAUGUGGCUUCUCUCAGGACCGCAGCGAUGUGUUUGAUUGGACAAGACAGAAUCACCUAACUCAGAAUCCUAAACGCUCAGCCAAUACUGGCCCAGAGACUGACCGCAGUGGAACAAAAGAGGGCUACUACAUGUACAUCGAAGCGUCGCGCCCCAGAGUACAAGGGGACAAAGCCCGUCUUCUGUCACCACUUUUUAAUGUAACCUCUGUCAAGAGCCCCAAGGGGUCUGGCCGCGUCCCAUACUGCGUGUCCUUCUACUACCACAUGAAGGGCAAACACAUAGGAACUCUGAAUGUUCUGUUGAGAGUCCGAAGCAUCACGUCGGUGGACACAGUUCUGUGGUCCAAGUCUGGUCACCAAGGCCCAGACUGGAGGAAAGCCUUCUUUGACAUCAGUCCCAGUGGACCUUUUCAGAUCAUGUUUGAAGGAAUCCGAGGCCCUAGUUUCGAGGGUGACAUUGCCAUUGACGAUGUGUCCAUCACACUGGGGAAGUGCAAACAGGAGAACACUGUAGCCAACGCAGACAUCAUCAUAAACCACAUGCUUGCAUCUCGUGCUAUAGGUCUGAAGGCUGGGACUCAUCAGCAAUAGAAAACACUCACAUGUCA